AAGAAGAAGAAGAAUAUAUUCAGACGCCAUUGAGAUCAACGUAUUUUGUACAGAGCGGAGGAAAACUCGCUUGUAGCUCGUUUUCUACAUCACUACGAAAGAAAAAAGGCUUCAUUUGUGUAGUAAAGACGUUUUGCUCGUGAGUUAUUGAUCCAGAAAAGUCGAUUAUGUGUAUAUCUUGCCAACUUUACCAACUACACUAGUGUGUUUUCCUCCCAAGUUCAUCGUUAAUAGCCGCGGCGUGUACAUGGAUCAUUCAUUGUGUGUUUUAUUCAUGUCUGUUAGUUACAUUUAUUUGCACGUGUUCUGAAAUGUAUUUCCACAUGUUAUGUGUAUAAAGGCACUCCUCGUGUAACUGCGACGAGCUCAACCCAUCGUCUCCGACUAUUCUCCUUUAUACUUUCAGGAAUGAUGUGAAACUAAUUACUUUCGCGAAUUUUUCAACUUGAAACACGAAUUACUCAAGCUUUCACAAACUUUGACUGCAGUUAUGAACAGCUUGAGACAAAUUGCGAUUCAGUUUUAGUUUCGUUUUGGUUGCCUUCUGUGCUCCUCUGGAAACCCGGAUGGAGCAGAGUCAGAGUCUGUGAAUGUGAUGACAUCUGAAGACCAAAAACCUUCAGCCUGGAUUACCUGAGGUGUGAAUGUUGAAAGGCCUGCAGCAUGGCGUGUGCACAGCAAUCUGCUAAAGAGUACCUCAGAAACACCAGGAAAAAACUGGUGACUGGCUUGAAAAACCUUCCUCUGAUCGUUGAGAAUCUUUAUCAGAAGAAGGUGUUCAGUGUAUAUGAGGUCGAUGCUCUCAAAGCCGAGAGCGCAGAGUUUGAUAAAGCCAGAUGUAUAUUGGAUUGGGUCAUUAACAAAGGUGAUGAGGCCAGUUAUGAAUUUCUCCAGAUUCUGGAUGUCACUAAGAAGAGGACAUUAGAUCCUGGUUUACACCCCUGGAUCAGCUGUUCUCCCUUCAGAGAUGACGAUGCAGAGCCCAGCUAUUCAUUUGGUACAAAGCCCUGUCAAAUCUACCAGACACGGCUCAAGAUGAAAGCAAGAAGUAUCCUGAAGAACCAAAGGAAAUGUUUCUGUAAAUAUCUGGAAGACGAGGUACAAGGAAACUUCAGUUUCAUACCUCUUGUUUUAAAGACUGACUCUGUCAUUAAAACGCUAUGCAAAAUAAAAUUGAAAAGCAAAAAAUGCAAAAAGCUACGGCCCAAGAAGCUGAGAGCUUACAUUCCUAACGAGGGACAAACACUGUCACCUGAGGGUCUCCUGAGAUGGCAGGACAAGAACAUCCUCAUCAUAGGAAAACCUGGAGUAGGAAAGACUACAGUUGUCCAGGAAAUGCUGCGUCUUUGGGCAGAGAAGGAUGGCAGACAGAUAGACUACAUGUUUUACUUUGAUGAAAGUGUUUUGGCCCACAAUAGUGUCGCCAGCUUGGAAGCUCUUUUGUUUGAUGUCUAUUCAAAACCAUUGGAUGAAGACAGAAAAGAAGUGUUUCAAGAUCUUGAGGAAAACUCUGAGAAUGUUGUCAUUGUGUUUGAUGGUGUGACGGAUUUGAAAGAAGGUUCAGUCUUAUGGAAGAUUAUGGACCACGAUCUCCUGCCGGAUGCCAAGAUUGUGAUCACAUGCAGAUCAGAGGAGGAAGAUGAUCCACUUUUAUCUGACUGGCCGACACGGACUGUGUAUGUCCAAGGAUUCAGUGAAGAGUCUAUUAAAACUUACUAUCAGAGGAUGUUGGGUCAUGAUCCUGUUCUUCUAGAAGUUAUUUUGAAGAAUCAGGAGCUGUUCAGUCUUAGCCACGUGCCGAUGUAUGCAUCUAUGGUUACCGCCUUCAUUUCAUUUAAAAAUUACACAAAAAACAAGCAUCCACACACAGUCACAGAGAUGUACAUCCACAUUUUCCGUCUUGCUGUGAAAAAACAUGGGAAUAAACAAAAUAAGCAAAUAGAUAACUAUCUAAAAGAGAAGAAAGAUCAGAUUCUUCAAUUGAUGGAAAACACAUUCAAUGCAACUAAGCAGAAGUGCCUGAACCUUUCAGAUAUUAACAGUGAUGAGACAGACAUUUGUCAUGCUUUUCUGAAAAUGAUCACAACAACAGACUCGCCAACAUCUGCAGCGACAUACUGUGCGUUUCUCCACAACACGAUGCAGGAAUUCUUCUCAGCUUUGUGGCUUCUUGGACAUCCAGAUGAAAUUGAGGACGUGCUACAGCUCUGUCAGACUGAGGAGCAUAAACACAUGAGACAUGUUCUUCCUUUCUUAUGUGGACUUCUGAGUGAACGCAACACCAGACUCAUCAAGUGUCUCUUCCCAGAGGAUCAGAUAAAGAAAACAUCUGACUGGUUCAGUGAGAAGCUUUUGGACGUGUUUCUUCAACCUCAGAGCGAGAGUGAAGAGUUUGAUCUUCUCUAUGUGUGUCAGUGCUUGUAUGAGCUCCAGUCUCCUAAAGCCUGUUUAAUGUUCCUGGAGAAGAUGAACCAUCAGCUUGAUCUAGAAGUGGAUCUUGAUCCUCAUCAGUGUUGUGCUUUGUCUUACGUGAUCGGUCAAUCCAGAGAUAAAGAGGUUUAUCUGAAUCUGGAGGACUGUAACGUGACUGAUGUAGGAAUGAACAUGAUGCUCAGCUGCUCUCCAAACAUCAGGUUAAAGACUUGUGAAGAUCCACUGAAACAAAUCACCUUCUUUGUAGAAUUCUUCCAUAAAUCAUCUCGGUGCGACUGCAAACUUAUUGACAUGAGAGAACGAUACGACCCAGAAAAAUGCAGUGCUCUGCUGGAUCUUUGCUCUCAUGUGAAGAACUAUGAGACUCAAACAGGCAGGAGUUAUCUUCCAGCAUUACAGUCAGUUUUCCAGUCACCUGAUGUCUGGAUCAUAGAUCUCUCAGAGAGAAAGAUCUCCGUCCUCCUGGAAGUGCUGAAGCUCCAGACAGAGAAGAAACCAGUAGAUCUGAGAAGAUGUUCAGAGGAAGAGAGAGAAGUGAUGAGUUUCCUUCAGUGUCUGCCCUACAUCUCACAGCUGAGAUUCUCUGAUCAGAGUGAAAGUGUUAUAAGCAGAUUUCUUCUGAGUCUCUUCAUUAAAGCAGCAGAGAUUGAGACACAGACAGGAGAGCAGAUACUGAAAGUGUUAAUGUCAGUCUGCACCAGCUCUUCUGAUUAUGGAUGGAUUCACAUAAUUUAUGGCAGUGAUUUCCUGCUGGAUCUUUGCUCUCAUGUGAAGAACUAUGAGACUCAAACAGGCAGGAGUUAUCUUCCAGCAUUACAGUCAGUUUUCCAGUCACGUGAUGUCUGGAUCAUAGAUCUCUCAGAGAGAAAGAGCUCCGUCCUCCUGGAAGUGCUGAAGCUCCAGACAGAGAAGAAACCAGUAGAGCUGAGAAGAUGUUCAGAGGAAGAAGUGAUGAGUUUCCUUCAGUGUCUGCCCUACAUCUCACAGCUGAGGUUCUGGAACAUUUCUAAUAAAGAAGAAAGGAUGUCUUCAGUCAGAUUGCUGCUGAAUCUCUGUGUUGCUGCAGAAGAAACUGACAAAGAUACAGGAACAAGAUUCUCGACUCUGCUGUCAUCUGUGUGCAGCUACAAAACCUUCCCUUUUGUUAAUAAUGAUCAUGAUCCGAGUGAUUUCCUGCUGGAUCUUUGCUCUCAUGUGAAGAACUAUGAGACUCAAACAGGCAGGAGUUAUCUUCCAGCAUUACAGUCAGUUUUCCAGUCACCUGAUGUCUGGAUCAUAGAUCUCUCAGAGAGAAAGAUCUCCGUCCUCCUGGAAGUGCUGAAGCUCCAGACAGAGAAGAAACCAGUAGAUCUGAGAAGAUGUUCAGAGGAAGAGAGAGAAGUGAUGAGUUUCCUUCAGUGUCUGCCCUACAUCUCACAGCUGAGAUUCUCUGAUCAGAGUGAAAGUGUUAUAAGCAGAUUUCUUCUGAGUCUCUUCAUUAAAGCAGCAGAGACUGAGACACAGACAGGAGAACAGAUACUGAAACUGUUAGCAUCAGUCUGCACCAGCUCUUCUGAUUAUGGAUGGACUCAUAUAAUUUAUGGCAGUGAUUUCCUGCUGGAUCUUUGCUCUCAUGUGAAGAACUAUGAGACUCAAACAGGCAGGAGUUAUCUUCCAGCAUUACAGUCAGUUUUCCAGUCACGUGAUGUCUGGAUCAUAGAUCUCUCAGAGAGAAAGAGCUCCGUCCUCCUGGAAGUGCUGAAGCUCCAGACAGAGAAGAAACCAGUAGAGCUGAGAAGAUGUUCAGAGGAAGAAGUGAUGAGUUUCCUUCAGUGUCUGCCCUACAUCUCACAGCUGAGAUUCUCUGAUCAGAGUAAAAGUGUUGUAAGCAGAUUUCUUCUGAGUCUCUUCAUUAAAGCAGCAGAGUUUGAGACACAGACAGGAGAACAGAUACUGAAACUGUUAACGUCAGUCUGCACCAGCUCUUCUGAUUAUGGAUGGACUCACAUAUUUGAUGAUAUUGAUUUCCUGCUGGAUCUUUGCUCUCAUGUGAAGAACUAUGAGACUCAAACAGGCAGGAGUUAUCUUCCAGCAUUACAGUCAGUUUUCCAGUCACCUGAUGUCUGGAUCAUAGAUCUCUCAGAGAGAAAGAUCUCCGUCCUCCUGGAAGUGCUGAAGCUCCAGACAGAGAAGAAACCAGUAAAGCUGAGAUGUUGUUCAGAGGAAGAGAGAGAAGUGAUGAGUUUCCUUCAGUGUCUGCCCUACAUCUCACAGCUGAGGUUCUGGUACACUGAUGAUGAUGAUGAAGAAAGGAUGUCUUCAGUCAGAUUGCUGCUGAAUCUCUGUGUUGCUGCAGAAGAAACUGACAAAGAUACAGGAACAAGAUUCUCGACUCUGCUGUCAUCUGUGUGCAGCUACAAAACCUUCCCUUUUGAUGAAGAGAUUGGUUAUUAUGCUGAUAAUCAGAGUGAUUUCCUGCUGGAUCUUUGCUCUCAUGUGAAGAACUAUGAGACUCAAACAGGCAGGAGUUAUCUUCCAGCAUUACAGUCAGUUUUCCAGUCACCUGAUGUCUGGAUCAUAGAUCUCUCAGAGAGAAAGAUCUCCGUCCUCCUGGAAGUGCUGAAGCUCCAGACAGAGAAGAAACCAGUAGAGCUGAGAAGAUGUUCAGAGGAAGAGAGAGAAGUGAUGAGUUUCCUUCAGUGUCUGCCCUACAUCUCACAGCUGAGGAUCUGGAACAUUUCUAAUAAAGAAACAAGGAAGUCUUCAGUCAGAUUGCUGCUGAAUCUCUGUGUUGCUGCAGAAGAAACUGACAAAUAUACAGGAACAAGAUUCUCGACUCUGCUGUCAUCUGUGUGCAGCUACAAAACCUUCCCUUUUGAUGAAGAGAUUGGUUAUUAUGCUGAUGAUCAGAGUGAUUUCCUGCUGGAUCUUUGCUCUCAUGUGAAGAACUAUGAGACUCAAACAGGCAGGAGUUAUUUUCCAGCAUUACAGUCAGUUUUCCAGUCACCUGAUGUCUGGAUCAUAGAUCUCUCAGAGAGAAAGAUCUCCGUCCUCCUGGAAGUGCUGAAGCUCCAGACAGAGAAGAAACCAGUAGAGCUGAGAAGAUGUUCAGAGGAAGAGAGAGAAGUGAUGAGUUUCCUUCAGUGUCUGCCCUACAUCUCACAGCUGAGGUUCUGGAACAUUUCUAAUAAAGAAACAAGGAAGUCUUCAGUCAGAUUGCUGCUGAAUCUCUGUGUUGCUGCAGAAGAAACUGACAAAGAUACAGGAACAAGAUUCUCAACUCUGCUGUCAUCUGUGUGCAGCUACAAAACCUUCCCUUUUGAUGAAGAGUUUGGUUAUUAUGCUGAUGAUCAGAGUGAUUUCCUGCUGGAUCUUUGCUCUCAUGUGAAGAACUAUGAGACUCAAACAGGCAGGAGUUAUUUUCCAGCAUUACAGUCAGUUUUCCAGUCACCUGAUGUCUGGAUCAUAGAUCUCUCAGAGAGAAAGAGCUCCGUCCUCCUGGAAGUGCUGAAGCUCCAGACAGAGAAGAAACCAGUAGAGCUGAGAAGAUGUUCAGAGGAAGAGAGAGAAGUGAAGAGUCUCCUUCAGUGUCUGCCCUACAUCUCACAGCUGAGGUUCUGGGACAUUGGUUCUAAUGAAGAAACAAGGAUGUCUUCAGUCAGAUUGCUGCUGAAUCUCUGUCUUGCUGCAGAAGAAACUGACAAAGAUACAGGAACAAGAUUCUUGACUCUGCUGUCAUCUGUGUGCAGCUACAAAACCUUCUUUUUUGAUGAUGAUGAUGAUGAUGAUGAUGAUCAGAGUGAUUUCCUGCUGGAUCUUUGCUCUCAUGUGAAGAACUAUGAGACUCAAACAGGCAGGAGUUAUCUUCCAGCAUUACAGUCAGUUUUCCAGUCACCUGAUGAAUGGAUCAUAGAUCUCUCAGAGAGAAAGAUCUCCGUCCUCCUGGAAGUGCUGAAGCUCCAGACAGAGAAGAAACCAGUAAAGCUGAGAAUAUAUUCAGAGGAAGAGAGAGAAGUGAUGAGUUUCCUUCAGUGUCUGCCCUACAUCUCACAGCUGAGGUUCUGGAACAUUUCUAAUAAAGAAGAAAGGAUGUCUUCAGUCAGAUUGCUGCUGAAUCUCUGUGUUGCUGCAGAAGAAACUGACAAAGAUACAGGAACAAGAUUCUCGACUCUGCUGUCAUCUGUGUGCAGCUACAAAACCUUCCCUUUUAAUUAUAAUCGUCAUAAUCAGAGUGAUUUCCUGCUGGAUCUUUACUCUCAUGUGAAGAACUAUGAGACUCAAACAGGCAGGAGUUAUCUUCCAGCAUUACAGUCAGUUUUCCAGUCACCUGAUGUCUGGAUCAUAGAUCUCUCAGAGAGAAAGAUCUCCGUCCUCCUGGAAGUGCUGAAGCUCCAGACAGAGAAGAAAACAGUAGAUCUGAGAAGAUGUUCAGAGGAAGAGAGAGAAGUGAUGAGUUUCCUUCAGUGUCUGCCCUACAUCUCACAGCUGAGGAUCUGGAACAUUUCUAAUAAAGAAACAAGGAUGUCUUCAGUCAGAUUGCUGCUGAAUCUCUGUGUUGCUGCAGAAGAAACUGACAAAGAUACAGGAACAAGAUUCUCGACUCUGCUGUCAUCUGUGUGCAGCUACAAAACCUUCCCUUUUGAUUAUAAUCCUCAUAAUCAGAGUGAUUUCCUGCUGGAUCUUUGCUCUCAUGUGAAGAACUAUGAGACUCAAACAGGCAGGAGUUAUCUUCCAGCAUUACAGUCAGUUUUCCAGUCACCUGAUGAAUGGAUCAUAGAUCUCUCAGAGAGAAAGAUCUCCGUCCUCCUGGAAGUGCUGAAGCUCCAGACAGAGAAGAAACCAGUAGAGCUGAGAAGAUGUUCAGAGGAAGAGAGAGAAGUGAUGAGUUUCCUUCAGUGUCUGCCCUACAUCUCACAGCUGAGGUUCUGGAACGUUUCUAAUAAAGAAACAAGGAUGUCUUCAGUCAGAUUGCUGCUGAAUCUCUGUGUUGCUGCAGAAGAAACUGACAAAGAUACAGGAACAAGAUUCUCGACUCUGCUGUCAUCUGUGUGCAGCUACAAGACCUUCCCUUUUAAUAAAGAUGGUCAUGUUCAGAUUGAUUUCCUGCUGGAUCUUUGCUCUCAUGUGAAGAACUAUGAGACUCAAACAGGCAGGCGUUAUCUUCCAGCAUUACAGUCAGUUUUCCAGUCACCUGAUGUCUGGAUCAUAGAUCUCUCAGAGAGAAAGAUCUCCGUCCUCCUGGAAGUGCUGAAGCUCCAGACAGAGAAGAAACCAGUAGAUCUGAGAAGAUGUUCAGAGGAAGAGAGAGAAGUGAAGAGUCUCCUUCAGUGUCUGCCCUACAUCUCACAGCUGAGACUGUCCAAAGAGACUCUCCAGAAGCUGGUUGAAUGUGUCUAUGAAGCUCAGGAAGAAGAACUGACUGAAUGCUUCCUGCAGAUAGUGGAUGGAGAUCUGACCUCCUGUUCCUUGAGCUGGGAAGAGCUUCAUUAUUUCCUGCAGCACAGAAUUCAACAAAUCACUGUAGACUUCAGAAAGAGCAACAUUCAAUGCAGAAUCAGUGAAAUACUGCCAUUUCUGAACAGGGUUCAGUUUAAACGGAUGAGCUCUGCCUUCAUGCUGUGUGUAAUGACAGAGAUCUAUGAGUCCGGCUCUGCUGGGUUUGUGUUCAGUCUGUUGAGUUCAGUGAAGAACUACAUUAAUCUGCAGAGCAGAGAUCUGGACUCUGUUCACUGUGCGGCCCUGCGCUUCACACUGCAGCACUGCACUGCAGCUUCACUCAACCUGCUCUGGACCUCCAUACCAGAGGAAGAGCUGGAGAGCAUCCUGCCUCUCUUCACACAUCUCUCCCGCCUCAGUGUUGACAGGCUGCUGUUGCUGAAGAUGCUUCACUGCUGCAGUGUCUCUGAUGUCCAGCAGGAGGCAGCAGCUGUUCUACUCUCUGUCCUUCAGCACAAGCUGGACUUCUCCUGCCGCUCUGCUCUGGAUCUGACAACAAACACAGACUCCGAGCCUCUGCAUCUGACCGCUGAUGACUGCCGUGUGAUGUCCAGAGUCAUUCAAAGAGCUCAUUCAGACACAAAGACACAGCUGAUUCUGCAGGACUGUGAGAUUCAUACAGCUGGAAUGGAUCAGAUGUUCCCAGUGUUACAUUCUGUUCAGCUCUGCUGUGAUAAACCUCUGCUGCUUCAGUUUCUGGCUCAUGUGAGGCCUGAGGAAGCCCAGUCUCUUUCUGGAGCUCUGGGUGAAGAGCUGGAUCUCAGUCAGACUCAGCUGGAUCUGCAGGUCUGUAGAGGUCUGGAGCUAAUUCUGGAAUAUUCUGAAGGACUGACAGAACUGGAUCUGAGUCAGUGCCGUCUCAUCGAUCACAGUCUGGAUCUGCUGCUCCCAAACCUCCACAAAGUGCAAAACAUUGAUUUUAGUGGCAAUAGCAUCACUGACGCUGGGGCUCAGAAAAUCUACAGUAUCGUCACUCUCAACAGUAACAUAAAGACAGUAAGGCUCUUCAACAACAGAAUUGAAUCCAGAGAGCUCUUCAGGACAGACCCCGAUUUGAGAUCUGGUGAUAAACUCUCUCUGGAAUCAACAAACAGCUGAAAUAAUGAGUAGAGGACAGCAACAAGGGCCAAGAAACCACAGUGAAGAUGGCAAGAAGGAGAUAGACAUGAAAACAACCAAAAUAAAGAGUCAAGUGCAUUUAUACCAUUGAUUAGCUGAUCUUCUCCUCUUCAUCCUAAAGAAGCAGUGUUUGACUGUCUGAACUCUAGUGUUUACUGCAAACACAACACAAGAGAGACAUUAUACUCAGGAAAUCACACUUACUUGAUUCAUGUGACUGAAAUGUUAGGCAGGAGGGUCAGAAUCACUCUUGCAGAGGUGUAAAGUACUUGAGUAAAUGUAACUAACUACUGUACUUGAGUAUCUUUUCGGAUACUUUGUAGUUGUACUGAGUAUCAAAGAGAUGAACAACUUGUACUCUCUACUUCACUACAUUUUUGAGUGAGUAUCUGUACUCUUUACUCCACUACAUUUGAAAUGAGUGUUGCAGUUACAAAUUACAUUAUGUGUGGCACCUAGCUUUUUCUGCAGCAGUUUAUUUCUGCUACAAAAGAUGUGAUUUCGCCAACUAUAGGGCACUGAAAGUACUAUAUCUUGUGCGUUUUGCCCUGACUCACUCAAGCUUGUCAACAAGGCUACUUUACAUGAAUGUGAGCUCCUUAGCAAGCAGUUGUGAAUCACAGGUGUUUUAUAAAUGAGAUGAGGACAUGACUGUAGCUGGCAAUGAGGCCGAAACCAGCACAUCCAGUGCAAGAAGACUUUGACUUUUUAAUUUCAUUUUUUCUUUAUUUGUAUUUAUUUGCAAUUUUGAGGUGUUUGGUUUUAUUAAAUAAA